AUUUCUAUGACUCGGAUUUGCGAUUAUUCAGGUAGAAAAUUACCACAGCUUGGGACUGCCCCUAGUGGUAGAUUGGGAAACAUCUCCACGUUCUUUUAGGAUAUUUUCCUUACGAGAUGGCACCUAAAGGAGCAAAAGAGAAGGCUCUGAAAGCGAAGAAGGCCGUUAUCAAAGGUCUUCAUUCGCACAAGAAGAGGAAAGUCCGCACGUCUGUACAUUUCCACAUUCCUAAAACGCUGAAACACACGAGGAAACCAAAGUAUCCCCGCAAGAGUACGCAGAAGAGGAAUAAGAUGGAUCAGUUUGCAAUCAUCAAGCAUCCUUUGACAACCGAGAGCGCAAUGAAGAAGAUUGAAGAUAACAAUACAUUGGUUUUUAUUGUUGACAUCAAGGCCAACAAACCUCAGAUCAAGCAAGCAGUUAAGAAAUUGUACGACAUCGACGUGUCAAAGGUCAACACCUUGAUCAGACCGGAUGGACGUAAGAAGGCGUACGUCAAACUUGCUCCUGACUACGAUGCGUUGGAUGUAGCGAAUAAAAUUGGAAUUAUCUAAAUUUUAUGCACGCUAUUAAAAUUUAUGGAAAUGAUUA